AUGGUGUAUGUUGAUGAUAUUGUUAUUACAGGGAAUGACAUCACUAGAAUUACUCAACUGAAGAAUCAUUUGUUCAACCACUUUCAGACUAAAGAUCUGGGUCGUCUAAAAUACUUUCUUGGUAUUGAAGUGGCACAGUCAAAAGAAGCUGUCAUCAUUUCACAAAGGAAAUAUGCUCUUGAUAUUUUAGAGGAAACAGGCUUGACAAAUUGCAAGCCCAUUGAUAGUCCUAUGGACUCGUAUCAAAAGUUAAUGAGAGAUCAAGGUGAACCUUUCUCAGACCCAGAGAGAUAUAGAAGGUUGGUUGGAAAACUCAUAUAUCUCACAAUAACAAGACCUGAUCUUUCUUAUCCAGUGGGGAUUGUGAGUCAAUUUAUGCAGAAUCCACAUGUUGACCAUUGGAAUGCAGUGAUUCGCAUUCUCAGAUACAUAAAAGGAAAUCCAGGACAGGGAUUGUUGUAUGAGGAUAAGGGAAGCACUCAGAUUGAAAGAUAUUGUGAUGCAGAUUGGGCUGGUUCUCCAAUUGAUCGAAGAUCUACUACAGGAUAUUGU